CUCAUUAACUUUUCCUCCAGCUGUUUGUCUGCUGGUUUAUUUUCCACAGUUAAACGAACAGACAUGGCCAAAUAUUCAAGGCAAAUGUCGAGCUGAAGCACAAGCUUAUUCUUUUCAUUUUUCAACAUAGCCUGUCUGAAGCAGCCUCCUGAACAGACCUCGUUUGAAAAUGAAAACUGAGCCAAAGUAGCGGUCAGCUGAGGUCUGCUCUGCUCUCCUUAAUCAGCCUCUCAGCCUGCGGACUCCCUCUGAUCAAUCAGUGCUUAGUAAACUUGGAUACGUCAAGAACUAAGGCGGUGCUACACUGCAGGAGCAGGGGGUCAUACCCGGCCCACAGCACACACUACUCACCGUGGAGGUUCUUCUGUCUGCUGCUCAGUCCCGCCAGGAAAACACUGGCAGGAGGUUUCAGCGCUCGGCAGCAUGGAGGUUACCAAAGGAGAGGACCGCUCUCCAGAGCAGGCUGCGUCUUUAUUUGGGGCCUCAGAGGUGGAGAGUCAGAGGAGGAACAAUGAACGGGGAAAGAAGAGGAAUAACUGGAAAAUCAUAUCUGGGGUCCUGCUGCUGUGCUUACUGGUGGUUAUCCUGGCUGUGGUGUUUUCUCGGAGGAAGAGCAGUGAUGUCAAAGGAGGCGAGGUCUGGCUGCUGGCUGCUGAUGACGAAGUUCAACAGACACAGUGUCCACCUGGAUUUUCCAGACCUCCUCUCAUCCUGGUGUCCCUGGACGGUUUCAGGGCGGAGUACCUCAAAGAUCACAGCAGUCACCUUCCUGUCAUCAACAAAUUACGACGCACUGGGACAACCACGCCAUACAUGCGGCCUGUUUAUCCCACAAAGACCUUUCCCAAUCACUACAGUAUCGUCACUGGUCUUUAUCCCGAGUCUCAUGGCAUUGUGGACAACAAGAUGUACGACGUGACGCAAAACGCUUUCUUCAGCUUGAAAACCGAAGAGAAAUUUAAUCCAAAAUGGUACCAAGGAGAGCCAGUCUGGCUCACUGCCAUGCGUAAUAAACUGAAUACAGGAACCUUUUUCUGGCCUGGAUCAGACGUCCCCAUUAACGGCACCUAUCCAAACCUCUACAAGGUGUAUGACAAGAGCAUUGCAUUUGAGAAGAGAGUGUCUAUCAUGUUAGAGUGGCUCGAGUUACCUCAGGGAGAAAGACCAGACUUCUACACUUUGUACCUGGAGGAACCUGACUCAUCCGGACAUCGCUAUGGACCAGCAAGCAGCCAGGUGAUUCAGGCCUUGGAAAGGGUGGACAAGAUUCUGGGCCUGCUGAUGGACGGCCUGACAGAAAAAAACCUGCAGCACUGCGUCAACGUUUUAGUUGUGUCAGACCACGGCAUGGAGGAGGCUUCAUGUGAAAAAUCAGCGUAUGUGUCAAACAUCAUCAGCAACACUGAUGACUUUUCCGUCAUCCAAGGCCCAGCUGCUCGAAUCCGACCCACCGUCCUCCCAGAUAACUACUUUUCCUUCGACUAUGAGAGUCUGGUAAAGAACCUGUCGUGCAGGACCUCUAACCAGCCAAUGAGGCCGUACCUCAAAGAAGACCUCCCCAAAAGGAUGCACUUUGCUAACAACAAACGCAUUGAAAGAGGACACCUCUAUAUGGAGGAAGGUUGGCAGGCUGCGCUUAACAGAAAGGAACUCAAGUACUGCACCGGUGGAUUCCACGGCUCAGAUAACCUCUUCACCAACAUGCAGGCGAUCUUCAUCGGCUACGGUCCAGGAUUUAAAGAAAAAACUGUUGUGCCUCCUUUUGAGAACAUUGAAGUCUAUAACCUCAUGUGUGACCUCCUUGGUAUCCGUCCUGCGCCAAACAAUGGGACUCAUGGCAGUCUGAACCACCUUCUGAAGCGUCCCGCCCACCAGCCAGUCCACCCUGCGCAGCUCUCCCAUGAUGUCCCAUGUGAGGCCAGUGACCCUGUCCCAGUUAAUGAUCUGCAGUGUAACUGUACAUCCCAAACCAAGGCAAUGGUGACAAAUAUGAACAUACAACUCAUGACCACGGAUUCCGGUUUUAAAGCCGGCCUGCGCCGCUUUCACCAACCCUUUGGCAUCCCAGGAGUUGUCCAAUCAGACGCCUCUUUUUGUCUCCUCCACCACUCUGACUACCUCAAUGGUUACAGCAAAGACCGCCUUAUGCCCCUCUGGGUGUCGUACACCCUCCAGCCUCUGACCGGAGUCCAACCCCUGAGCCCAGAGUUGGAGGCGUGCGUUCGUGCUGACAUUCGCAUCCCACCGGCCGCCAGCCAGCUGUGCCUGCGCUACAGAGACAACCCUGCUCUGUCCUACGGCUUGCUGCAUCCCCCUAAUCUCGGUGCAGACAGAAAUAGCCAACAAUCUCUCAUCACAAGUAACAUGGCACCAAUGUUCCCUGCAUUCAAAGAUGUUUGGGCCCAUAUCCACGAUGUCAUGCUUCCAAAAUAUUCUCAACAGCUAAACGGAGUCAACAUCAUGAGUGGGCCAAUAUUCGAUGAAGACUUUGAUGGAAGCGUUGAUGCACUUAAAGUAAUCUCAGGGAAUGAGGCUCCCGUGCCGACACAUUUCUUUGUGAUCCUGACCAGCUGUGGGAACUCAACCUUUGGCCCUGUUAACUGUGAGGGUCCCCUGAAGGCCAAGUCCUUCAUCCUGCCCCACAGAGUCGACCACACAGAGACCUGCGCUGAGGGGUCAGACUUGACAUGGGUGGAGAACUGGCUGCGCUUUCACACUGCUCGAGUCCGAGACAUCGAGAUACUGACUGGACUGAGCUUCUACCACGACAGGAUAUCAGUAGAGGAAACGCUACAGCUCAAGACUUUGUUACAGACUGCGUAACAUCAGAUACGUUAUCUGGUGUAGCUUUAAUUUCCCAAGGAAGCCAUAUUGGUCGGCACAGCAGGCCUCUCUGUCCAUGUGGACACAAUUAACCUAUCAUCAGAGGGUUUACUGCGACACAUUCAUAAAUGUUUCCUCUAUUCAAACCAGAGAGGUCUGAAAAACAUGUUCCAUCCAGGUUUUAAAAUUUUUGAUUACCCCAAAAAUGUUUAAUGAAGUGUGUGAAAAUGUCAUUUAUAUUUGAUUUUGUUCAUGUUUUUAUAAAUGAUUUUAUAGAGAAGAAUAAAAGAGUAUUUUCUUAUAUGGCACUUGAGAGCUCUGAACCAAAGACGCCGUCACAUCUGCUGACUGGCUCUAAAGCUUUUUUUUCUCAGACGGGAAAGCUCAGCAGGGGUAAAAUAAAAGGGAUUUUUUUUAUUGAUAGAUGAAGAAUCUAUUUUUACUACAAUGGUUUUUAUUGGCAGGGGCAUUUUAAGAAAUCUGGAAACAGCCGCGUUUGAUGUUGCACAUCUGGAAGGCCUGCUGUUACAGCUGGGUAAAACACCAAACAUGAGAAUUUAAGAAAAAUAACUGAAGCUCCUCACAAAGAAAAGAUUGAUCCACCAAACAUUGCUGUUUCAUUAUCAUUGUUUUAUUUUUGUAUUUCCUUUUAUGCAGCCCCAAUGUUGUAUUUAAUCAUUCGUUUUGCUGUUCAACCAUAAAACUGUGUGUUUGCGUAAAUGUGUGUGCUGUGUGUUUGGAUCAUUAUGAGAAAAAUGUAGCCCUUGACAAAGAAAUGUAAACAUAUCUUGGUGUUUUAUUUAACAAUGAGACAUUCAAACAAUGCAAUACGUCUUACUUGUCCUUGGGAUUAUCUUGUGUAUAUUUGAAACCAUUUCACAUCUGUUUUGUUAGUUUCUCAUUGUGAUCUUUUACAUGCUGCAGUGGUAACUUUGCAUCAUUAUGCAGUCUUUUUUUUCUCUCGUGUGGUUGUUUUGAAAUUCUUUGUGGCUAGAUCACUACUGUUUGUCUCCAUUUUGUAUCUCUUUGUGUCUUUGAUUUAGUUUUUUGUUUUUUCAUGUGGUUUUGGCUGUCUUACUAUACUUUUUUUGCACCCCUUUGAGGUUGUAUAGCAUCAUUUUGCUGUCAUUUUGUCCCUUCAUGUCCAUUGUUUCUCUUUAUCGUUGUCAUAGAUCCAUGACUGUUUUAUGUCUGUACAUUUCUGCAUCCCUUUUUAGAUUGUGUCUCUUUAUCGUCAUUUGCUUCUUUUAGUUUUGUCUUUUGUGGAGAAUUUGUGGGUUGUAGUGACAUUGUGUAGGUGACACCAAACUCUCUGAUGCAUAUGUUGAGUUAAAAAAAAAAAAAAAAGCUGUUUUACUUCAGUAGGGGAGAACCGGGUUGGUUGUCACCCUUUUUACUGUUUUGAUGAUUGCUCAUCAUCAAAACAUCUUUCAAUAGUCAUCCCUACAUUAAAUUGAAGCGCAAGGUGUUGGCUUGAAAUGUGUAUCCCUCUCAUUUUCCAACACAUUGAAACAAAGAGGCAAUUAACUAUCAAAGACACUCUGACACAUUGUGACAACCAACCCCAUCAUGGGGAUGGUUGUCACACACUAUGGGGUUGGUUGUCACACACUAUGGGGUUGGUUGUCACAAUGGUAUUUUAAUGGGACAUUUUUUUUUAAAAGGCAAGAAGGCAGAACUAAAUGUGAAAGUUUAAUUGCACUGACAAGUGAUAGGCCUACAUAACUUUUUUUUUAACAUAAAAGGAGCAAGGAACAUGAACAGGAAACACAUCUUUAGGCCAGCCUAUAUAACAACAUAAAGAACAAAACAAAUAGGCCUAACAAUAAUGGCCGACUUAACUAGGCUGCAUGCAGUCACUGUCUGAGUUACAGUGAUGGCAAAUGUAGGGUCUGUGCACUCCAACUAAUUUCACCAUGCAUGAUUUUGCCAACAUAGGGGUUGGUUGUUACAUGUGACAACCAGCCCCAACUGGAAUUUUUUGCUAGCAUCAAGGCUAACAACGGUCUAACAACUACUUAGCUAGCUAAUACAAAUCUCAACUAUAGCUUUCCCCUCACACUUUGUAAGGGUGACACUUGUUUUGUUAUAAACCCAUCGUUUAAAAGCCUAGAAGAAAAACACUGAGGAGCUGAAUAUUUACAAUUUGACAUGAAAAACACAAAAAGUCCUCUCACCUCAAGUUCAGCUUUCUUACUCCAGAGAAGACUAUGUAGGUGAGCUCUGAUCCUAAUUCUGGAAAUGUCCAUGCCCCAAUUUGAGAGACAGUGUCCUCUGGUAGCGAGAUACAACGAGUGUGCCAACCAACCUGUGUGACAACCAACCCGGUUCUCCCCUACUUUGUCCAUGCUGGACGUGAGCUGUGGAUGCCCGUUUUCUCUCUUUGUAAUCCAUCCAUAACUGUGUAAAUGUUUAUGUUUGUGUUUAUGUUUGUCUAUUGCUGAAAUUAUUUCUGGGAUCAACACACUUUCAGUUCAAUCCUUUUUUUUCUUUGUUCUGUGUGGAAGUUGAGAUUGGAAGAAUAUUUGCAGAAAAUAAGAGGAGUUCAACAGAUAACAGCACUUCCAUUGUGUAGUACAGUUUUUUUUAAGCCUUGUCAGAAAUGGCAGCUACCCUCCAAUACACCGUGUUGUAAAAAACAACUUCUAAAAUGA